GCUAAACUCAUGGUUGAUCGAAAUGCUCAUCAUAAAAAUGCUCUGAUUAUCAUGGAUGAAUGCGAAUUUUUUGGAGAGCCUUCUGGAUAUGGUCUAUUGAAGUUUCAGAAUCUUGGUGCAUUUGAAGUAAUUAAUGUUAGUGCAAUUUGUAGAA